AUGGAUUUGGACAUCCUACACCAGGUUCAGCAAGAACUCUCUUGUGCCAUCUGCCUCAACUACAUGAUGGACCCAGUCACCAUAAACUGUGGGCAUAGCUUUUGUAGGCCCUGUGUCUGCCUGACCUGGGAAGAAGCCAAAUCGCCUGUCCGAUGCCCAGUGUGCAGAAAACCAGCACGAAAGAAAGACUUCAAAACCAAUGUUCAUUUGAAGAAUCUGGUUUCCAUUGCCAGACAAGCCAGCAUAAAGGACUCCCAGAACUCUGAGGAGGGCAUGUGUAGCACCCACACGGAGACCAGGAAGAUAUUUUGUGAAGAAGACAGGAGCCUGCUCUGUGUGCUCUGCUCUGACCCUCAGGAGCAUGCUGGUCACAGACACUGUGCCAUUGACAUAGCUGCAGAGAAUAGCAGGGAGAUGCUGGUGAAGCAAAUGAGAUCAUUAUCGAAACAGAUGCAAGAAAACCAGAGGAACCUGAAUGAGGAGAGCAUAACACUCUCUGAGUGGACGCUGUAUGUGUCUCGGCAGAGAGAGAAUAUCAAGGCGUCUUAUGAGAUGCUGCAUCCAGGCCUGCAUCAGGAUGAAAAACAACACAUGGACACACUUCAAAAACAAGAGAACAGUAUUUUUCAAAAACUUAAGAAAAGCAAAGCCAAAAUGGUUCUAAAGAAGAAAAAGCUAAGACAAAUAUAUGAAGAACUGAUGAAAAUGUACCAUCAACCAGACAUGGAGCUGCUCCAGAAAUUGGGAGGAGUGUUGAAAAGGUGUGAGUCAUUGCAGCAACAGAUGCCUCAGCCUGUGCACCCAGAGCUCAGGGCCCCAUCCAUACCCGGCCUGAUAGACUGGCUCAGGCAGUUCCAAGUGGACAUUUCCUUCCAGUAUGAAAUGACCAGUCACUUCCAUGUGAGAAGGCUCAUGUUUGGAUACGACCACCAAGGCUCAAAGCUGAACUCUGACAGAUUUGAUUAUGCUGCUGUCUGGUCAAAGCAGAACUUCUACCAUGGAAAAUACUACUGGGAGCGGGACAUGAAAGACUCUUACGACUGGGCUCUAGGGGUCUGCAAGGAUCCUGGCAUCAGGAACAAGGGCGAGCUUAUGGAAUUGGAGGGCUCAUUUCUUCUUCUUUGUUCGAAGGACAUGAGAAGCUACAAACUCCUAACCACUUCCCCUGUGAUGGCUCACUAUGUAGAGAAACCUAUGAGCAGAGUUGGUGUGUUCCUUGAUUUUGAGAGGGGAAGUGUGAGCUUUGUGGAUAUUUCUAGAAGCUCUCUUAUAUGGAGGUAUCCCGAUUGCUCGCUCUAUUUUCCUGUCAGGCCUUUUAUUUUCACUCGCCACAUGUGA